UUUCAUAUUAUUCUCCAGGGUAAGAUACUGUCCCUGGUACAGUUCUUGCAAGGACAAACCAGAUAGUGACAGAGCAUAGGAGACAAGCAGUGGGAGAUGGCAGGAGGCAGCAUGGAAUGUGGCAAGUGGUGAGAGAUAGAGGGGGGAGUCCAGGGGCUUGAGGAAAUGUGUCAGCAAGUGCCUUUUAGCCAUCUACUAACAGAGCUCAUUUCUCUGGCCUGAUGCCAGCCUCAGAGGUGAUGUCUUGGCUCAGCAGCUGCCAGCCUUAGACUCUGCUUCUGCAUUUAUUUAUUUAUUUGUUCUCUGUCUAAAACCUUCUUGGUGAAGAUCCAUUUUCUGGCCAUGUUUCCUUUCUUAGCCAUCUUGUCCUGGCUGCCUGUAGUAAUAUAUUUUUGUCCUGUUGCAUUGUUGUCAUAAAUAUUUCAUAGUGGCUGUCUUUUAAUGCCUGGUUUGUUUGAUUAGUAACUAAUUAAUCUUUCAAUAAUAUUAGAAAACACUACUUUAUGAUGGUCUGUGUCAGGGAUUUUUGCUCUAAAGGAGACCUGGUGUAUAGCAGCUUUGUUGUGGGUUUAUCAUGCUAGCAUUGCUCAUCUACUGAAGCUUGGAACUACUGAUACUUUUUUGUAUCACCAAGGUUAAUAUUGUGUUAUUUGGAGAAGCAGUCUAGGCUUUCAGUAGCUGAGUGUGAAUGUGAGGUUUGUCUCCUCCCUUGCUGACCUCCUGCAGCUCAUCUGACCUAGCUGGGUAGUUGAGACCUGCUCCCUUUGGUUUCUGCUCUCAUGCAGACUGCAGCAAAAGGGACUCUUCAGGCUUCUUUCCCCUCCCAGUAGGAGAUUACUCUUUCUCCAGCAAAACUCUCUGACAGACACAAAGAUACCCAAGAUCCCACAUGCCACAGUUUUACUCCCACUCUUUGUGAGGAAAAGGCAGCAGCCCUGCUGGCUGGGGUCAGAACUUGCCUCCUGUGAGCCUGAAGAAUCCCUGCUGUGCUAGGCUGGGCAGUUGUGCCAAGCUGGGCAUAAAACAAGUGCUACAGUUUCUCCACCAUCUCAUCACUUUGAUUGCGUGCUUGUUUACCCUGGGAGUGCUUCUGUAGUGUGAGAACGUCAUCCUUAUUAGCCUGGCACUUGCACUGUGUUGGAAUAUAGUUCUCAAAGGGACUUGUGCAACUGGCCAUACAUGAAGAAAGGAAUCUUGAGAGCAAGCAGUGUCUUUACAACUAUUUGGGCAGAAAACAAUCUGGCUGCCCAUAUCUAUUCAGUAAAACAGGGCUGAUAUGAAUUGUGUGCUUUUCUAAUUCCAUGUGCAAUGGCUUUCUGUAUAUUCUGGUGAUCAUUUGGGAAAAGAUUUCAUUAUCUUGGUAUUUUUAUUUUUCAUUCUUGCAAUCAUUGUUAAAACUGCUUGCCCUCACCCAAGGGUAACUAAUCUCUUUCUUUUUAAAUUUUUUUUUUCUUAAUGUUAUUUUCUUCUGUGUGUACAGUUUUUCUGUCAGGAAGUUAGUCUUAGAAAAGAGAGAAGCUUGGUCUGUUUCUUCUCAGUAUAAUUCAGUGUAUUUUAAGGUUGUGGUUCUGCUCUCAGUAGGAAGAAAGAUUUCAGUGAUGAUCAAAGUAGAUGCAGAUAUCACCUUGAGAAGAGCACAGUUGCAUAUUAACAGGCUUCAUAUAUUUGCUGCACACAAUACUGUUGGUUUUUAGAGAAAGAUGUCUAGUAAUGACUUUGUCUAAGCACAGGCUUUAUAUUGAGAGGUGGUAAAACUGAGGUUGUCUUUGAAGCAUGGAUAAGGACUUCAUUUCCUUGGUCUCUGUUCUAGCUUCCUGUUCCUCCCAUCUUUUCACUGGAUUUUAAUUUUUUUUUUUGUGACCUUGAUGAUCAGAAGGGAAAUGAGUGGGAUGAUGUUAAAGCUAAUACUUCUGUAGAGAUCCAUGUUCUCCUGUCUCCCACUCAGUAAAACCACACAUAUACUAUGGUACAUUGGUGUUUAGUAUGGCCUGAGAAACUUCUGACUGUACAGAACUGACACUAGAUUUGGGGCUUAAAUCAGCCACCAGCAUAAGACUUGAGUGCAUGGGUUGGAUGUGGCAGUUCAAAUAUGUAUUGAGCUGACUGUUAGAUGGAACAAUUCUCUAAGGAUAAGCAAAGUAAUUGAUCUUGAUGUCGUUAAAAAUGUUGCAGUAUGUCAGAUGUUAAGCAUGUUUUGAUUUGUUCCAGUAGCCGGAUCGAGCUGGGAGAUGUGACGCCACACAACAUUAAGCAGCUGAAGAGGCUAAACCAGGUCAUUUUUCCUGUCAGCUACAAUGACAAGUUCUACAAGGAUGUACUGGAGGUUGGCGAACUUGCCAAACUAGCCUAUUUCAAUGAUAUUGCAGUGGGAGCAGUGUGCUGUAGGGUGGAUCACUCCCAGAACCAGAAGAGACUGUACAUCAUGACACUUGGAUGCCUGGCACCCUACCGAAGGCUAGGAAUAGGAACUAAAAUGUUGAAUCAUGUCUUAAACAUCUGUGAAAAAGAUGGCACUUUUGACAACAUCUAUCUGCAUGUGCAGAUCAGCAACGAGUCUGCAAUUGACUUCUACAGAAAGUUUGGCUUUGAGAUCAUUGAGACGAAGAAGAACUACUAUAAGAGGAUAGAGCCGGCAGACGCGCACGUGCUGCAGAAAAACCUCAAAGCCCCUUGUCUUGGCCAGAACGCAGAUGUGCAAAAGAACGACAACUGAACAAAACCCCAGCGGACACUUUCUUGCACUUGCUUGUCGCCAAAUAAGGAAAGAGAGGCCUCUUUUUUUUUUUUUUUUUUUGAUUGGUUGGUUGGAUUUUUGUUUUGUUAUGGAUUUUUGUUUUAACUCCACCCCUUCAUCUUAUUUUUUUUUCCUUGACCUCUCUCCAGCAAAAUGUAAUGCUUCUUCCAAGGAUUGUCCAAUCAUGUUUGGGGUUGGGUUUUGGUUGGUUUUGGAUUUUUUUUUUGAGCUCUCCUUUCUGGUGUUUUUUGUUUUUUGAGGGCAGGGGGGCUGAUUUUUUGUUUUUGGUUUUUUUUUUUUUUUGUUUUGUUUUGUUUUGUUUUUUUUUUGUUGGGGUGGGAAAAGGUGUGCAGAUCCCUUUUAAGUUUGAGGUGUGGAGGGCUUGAGCAGGUUAUCCUGAUGACAAGUUUCCUUCAGAAUUAUUCUUUCAGUAAGCAGAAUGUAAACCCAAUGGGGGGGAAAAGGCAAAGCAAUAUCUUGUCCUUUGACUCCUACAUUAUUGUGUUUUUUAUAACCUACAGGGUACUUUACUGUCCCCCAACCUUUGAAUGUUACUUCAGUACUUCCCAUUUUUCCUUUAAUUCCCCCACCUCAAAAAAGUAUAUUUAGUUCUUCCCAAUAUUUUUGAGUAUGGCUUUUUCCUCCAUCUUUUGCUGAGAAGGGUGGGCUUCUUUUCCAUACCUUUUCACUCUGCCUGGGCUGAUCUUUUUGGAUGCUUUUUUUAAAAAUACUCCUCACCCAAGCUGGUGCUACACUUCUUAACUGACUGAGAGGAGGAUUUAGAGUGGUCUUUGUUUUUUCUUAUUUUCAUUUCCCCAACUCCCAGCAGACUUUUGCCAGAGCAAGAGCUAGAUCUGGUGUUGGCAAGAAUAACCUUGUAAAAAUACAGAUCCUGAGGCAACACCCUUGCUUUUAAAAUGGGUGAAAUUCUGCAGGGCUCAUUGAGAGUUAGUUUAUCUGUGUUGUUGGGAUGGAAAAAGUGACUGUGACCACCUUACCAGCUUUGAUGACAUAAAGCAAGCACCUGUCUCCAGAUGACUUUGUUAUAGCUACUGAAUCUGUGGUGACAGAUGUAAGGGUUGAGGAAACCAGGCAGCAAGGCUAAGAAGGCAGACAUGAAUCUGACCCUAAUCACAUAGCUUUGCAGGGUCUCCUGGAUUUGCUUGGGAUUGGCUUGACUUGCUGUGUUUAUGAGCUCCUUUGGGAGGAGGUGGUGAAGAACUGCGUGGUUUUGCUCCUUUGAAGAUUAUUUUCCCCUUCCCCUGUUGAGUAGUAAUAAUGCAGUUCUCCUCUGGUGAGAGGGUGUUGGUGGAGCACCGGAGAAAGCAGCGUAUAUUAGAGCAUUUUAUGGGUUUGGAAAAUAGGCUGGCUGGCUUCUUCCUAGUACUGUAACUUUGAGGCUACAGUAAACUGUACUAAGCUCUGCUUUGCAUCCUUUCAUGCUUUGUUUGCGUGAAUACCAGUGCUCCUUUCUAGGCACUGUUGCCAGCAAUUUUAUGUAUGCCAAUAUAAAUACCAACUUGAGCUUGGACUCUUCUCCAAGCAUCUGGGAAAGUGCACUGAGCUGAGACAACACCAACCUGCCCCAUCCCCCAUGUAGAUGCUGAACUGUAUUCUUUUCCUGUUUGUUUUUUCAAGUUUAGAUCUGCAUCUUGAAUUCUUCCGCUCUGAAAGCCUCCAACCUGUAGUGUGCAUUGCAGCAUACAUCUGGUUAGUAGGUGCUGUCCAGUCAUUAGAGGGUGACUUGGAAACCAAGGAUUCCAAAAGGGGAAUUGUGGUGAGGCAAGGGAUGGCACCCCUCGCUGCACAUCGGGUGGUCUUUGAUACCCCAGGGAUGACUAUACCAGCUGCUACACAGUUACUCCUUCUUUGACAGAGGGGUGUAGCAUUUGUGUGAGUGCAUUUUGACAGACCUGUGCUGGAAAACGGCUGCUUAUUUUGCUGAGUUUGCACUAAUGGAGUCCUGGAGAUGGGCAGGUGGCCAACGCCAGCCUGUCUGCAUGGCCCGAGCACCUGCGUUUGCAACACGUGGUGGCAGACUCUGGCUGGAGAGAUGCAAACGGUUCCCGUGGCCAGAGGCAGCCUAGUUCUGACAAAAGCUCAUUUUCAGUACAGCUAGGACCUGCUCGUGGUGGUUAUGUUGGCAGCCUGGCAUCUUUCUAGAAGGGGAUGUAUCGAAGCACAAUUGGCUUGUCAUAUGCCGACAUAGUUUCCCUGGCCAUCUGUAUACCAAACCAAGAGAAGUAUGUGGAGGGAGAGAGAGAUAGUAUUGUAUUUGAAGGUGUUGGUGCAGCACAGCUGUAACUCAGACCAUAGCUGCCUCUGGUGCCAAGCAAAGUGCUCUUCAUUCUUCUAGAACUAAGUGGUAAGUGUUUGGGUUGGGUAGAUGGGUGUGGGGAUAUGAACUCUUAGGAUUUGCUGUUGUCGUAGGCUUCCACAAAUCAGUGUGUUUCACAGACAGUUAUUCUUCAGGUUUCAAAGUACAAGUCUGAUGUCUGAACUUACUUGGAUUAACCUUUGUUUCUGUCUCUUUUUGCUUUGGGCUGCCAUCAUUCUAUGAAUGUAUCCAUGAGAACAAUUCUUAAAGCUCCUAUUCCACAGCAGACCUGCCUCAUUGUAACUUCUAACAAAAUGUUUUGUAGGAGGUGGAAGCGAGAAUAAAUCUAAGACUCCUUUUUCCCAGGCUAUUAAUCCUGGAAAACAGUUGUUGAAUCUUGAAUACAAGGUUUAAUCUGAAUCUUAAGAAAACUGUGUUCCCUGUACAUGGGUAAGGGCAAGUGAAGGUCAGUAGUUCUGGAUGACAAACAGUUGUAUUUUAUUAGUCUACCAGUUGUGUUGAGUGAGGGAGGAGAGUGCUGUAUCUUAGUGCUGUUACCUGGAGACACUGAAAUUGUGUGAAGUAUGGGCUUACUGCAGAGAACUUCAGUUACUUUGGUUGUUGCUGCAGGAGGACAUCCUUCUAGUUUGAAAAUAACAGCUUGUGAACAAGUAAAUUUUUGCGAAGUUGGGAGUUUCAGUGGGGGACAAAAAGCCACCAGCACCUCCUGUUCUAGAUGAAGAUCUAGCAAGAAAAAGUAUGCAACUAAGAGCUUUAGAGUGUAAAUUGUGUACAUACAAAUUACUCCUGAAUCUCUGCAACUGGCUUUGUCACACAUUGGUUCAAGUAUGAAGAUAUUACCUACAAAAAGACUCCUACUUGAGGAAACCAUGGUACAGGAGAAAAAGAAUCAUCCAGAAGAGAGAUCCCUCAUUUUUGGGAGGGGUAAGGGGGAAGAAUGUAUUUAGUGUAUACAGAAACUGGCUGAGUUUACAUGAUGCAGCUAAUGGUUAAACCUGCCAACUAAAUAUGACAUACUGUUACAAUUGAAACAAACUUACAUGCUAUUUAGUUAAAUCUUGAUGGUGCCCUGUGUCUAGUAAAAAUUUGAUCCUCCAAAUUGUUUUAUUCUCCCCCAUGUUGUAAUCCAGGGUCAGCUGCUAUGCACAAUGUCUGUGUUUUGUAAAGUGUUUGCUGACUUGGAUGUUUCUUUUGAAUCUGCAAUUGCUUCCUGAUUAAUUUGACUAAGACCACCCCUGCUCUCUUGAGUUAGGAUUUAGUGAAAGGUAUGCUGUAUGCAGUUUACAGAUGCAUUCUCAAUGUUACAAGUUAAGUUGCAGGGGGAGCAAAUUCUUUACAAUAAGAUGGUCCGUUUUUAAUCUAUAUCAUUGCCCUUGUUGUACAUCAGGAGCAUGUUUUUGUUUUUCUCAAACUCUUUAGAAAUACCGUUCAGAAUAAACGUGCACUAUUUGAGUUAUGUCAUUUA